AUAUAUGCUGAGAAUCUGAAUCCCAGAGAAAGAGAGGGAGAGGAGUGGGAGAGAAAGAGAGAGAGAAAAGAAGAAAGAGACAGAAAGAAAGAGAGAGAGGGAGAGAGAGAAAGACAGAGAGAGAGAGAGAGAGAGAAAGAAAGAAAGAAAGAAAGAAAAAGAAAGACAGAAAGAAGACAAGUUGUGAGGAUGGAGCAGAGUGUGGUCCUCACUCUGGCAGUGCUGGUGUGUGUGGUGCUGUUCACCUGUGGCAGUGGAUGUCCCUGUACAGACUCUGCUCUGUGCAAACCCAUCACUGGUACCAGAGAAUUUGAGGUGUUUGUCUUUGAUGUUGGCAAAAAGGAUUGGCAGCACUACGACUGGUCAAAGGUCACGACUGUGGCCACCUUUGGAAAAUAUGACGCCGAACUUAUGUGUUACGCUCAUUCAAAAGGAGCUCGUGUCGUCCUGAAAGGGUAUCUUCCAGUAAAGGAUAUUCUAGAUCAAGCUAAUCGAACAGCUUGGAUCAAUAAACAAGUGCAGUUGGCAAAAAAUCAAUUUAUGGAUGGAAUCAAUCUGGACCUGGAGUACCCUGUUGCAAAGGGUUCCCAAGAGUAUUUUGCACUCACUGCACUGGUCAAUGAAACAACAGAAGCAUUCCACCGCAGAAUACCUGGAUCACAGGUCACGUUUGAUGUUGCUUGGUCCCCAAACUGCAUUGAUAGCCGAUGCUAUGACUAUGUGUCUAUUGCAGAAUCUUGCGAUUUUUUAUUUGUGAUGUCCUAUGAUGAACAGAGUCAAAUCUGGGGAGAUUGCAUUGCAAUGGCCAAUGCUCCCUAUAACCAGACUUUGAAAGCUUACCUGGAAUAUAUCAGGAUGAAUAUUCAUCCUAAAAAGCUUGUGAUGGGAGUUCCAUGGUAUGGUUAUGAUUAUACUUGUGUGAGCUUGAUAGAGGGUGUUAGAUGCACAAUACCCAAGGUUGCUUUUAUGGGUGCCCCUUGCAGUGAUGCUGCUGGACAUCAAGUUCCUUAUAGGACACUAAUGAAGCAAGUGAAGAUGUCAACCAGUGGCAGAAUAUGGGAUGAUGUUCAAAAAGCUCCAUACUAUAUCUACCAGGUGGAUAAAGUAUUUCAUCAGGUGUGGUACGAUGAUCCUCAGAGCAUCUCACUGAAGGCAGCGUACAUAAAGGAAUUUGGUCUUCGUGGUAUAGGCAUGUGGAAUGGCAAUCUUUUGGACUAUGGCAAUGAUACUAAAGUGCAGCAGCAAACUGCAGAUAUGUGGAAUGCUCUCUGUCCUACGAAUACUUCAUGUGGAAGUUAUUCUGUGCAAUAAACCAAAACCUCAUUAGUCUAAAGUAUGGACUUCAGUUCGGGGAAUAUUCUACGCAGAACAGAAUCAUGCUGAACUUACCUUUCAAGCUUAUCAUCUAACAACAAUGAACUUGAAAUCUGCAGGAAUAUAUAUUUUUAAACUUAGUUUGUAUAUUUAUGUACAAGCACAAGUAAUUGCAAUUUGAUUUAUAAGACUUGGUGGGUAUUCUGGAAAUUUGAGAUCAAAUGGGCUGAAUUGCCUUUUUCUUGUAAACCUCUUACAUGAAUUCCAUUAUGAUCUUUUGACUGGGAAAGUUUUCUUUGGAAUUUGGCAUUUGGAAUUGUGAAUAAACAAGAAAAUC